AUGCUUCCCUCGAUCUCUCUCCUCCUCGCCGCUGCACUCGGCACUAGCGCCCACUACACAUUUCCCAAGGUGUGGGCAAACAGCGGAACAACUGCCGACUGGCAGUAUGUUCGCAAGGCGGAUAACUGGCAGAACAAUGGCUUUGUCGACAAUGUGAACUCGCAGCAAAUUCGGUGCUUCCAGUCCUCCCACAGCCCUGCCCAGUCAACUCUCAGUGUCGCCGCUGGCACCACCAUCACAUACGGCGCAGCUCCCAGCGUCUACCACCCGGGGCCAAUGCAGUUCUACCUGGCCAGAGUUCCGGACGGCCAGGAUAUUAACAGUUGGACCGGAGAAGGUGCUGUUUGGUUCAAGAUCUAUCACGAGCAACCCACAUUUGGCUCACAGCUCACAUGGUCUAGCAAUGGCAAGAGCUCUUUCCCCGUCAAAAUUCCCAGUUGCAUCAAGUCCGGCAGCUAUCUCCUCCGUGCCGAGCACAUUGGACUGCACGUCGCUCAGAGCUCAGGAGCUGCCCAGUUCUACAUUUCAUGCGCUCAGCUCAGCAUCACCGGUAGCGGCAGCACUGAACCCGGCGCUAACUACAAAGUCUCAUUUCCUGGGGCCUACAAGGCUUCCGAUCCCGGUAUUCUGAUCAACAUCAACUAUCCCGUACCUACCUCGUACAAGAACCCUGGACCGAGUGUCUUUACCUGCUAA